GCUCACUGCGCAUGUGCGUUGCCGGGGUAGCGCCGGCAGACAAAGUGGCUUGCGGAGUUAGGCCUGUUGCUGAGGCGGGGAGGAGGGGCCCGAGGCGUGAGGGAAACCGCUAUGAGGGCCGUGUUGACGUGGAGAGAUAAAGCCGAGCAGUGUGUAUAUGACCUCGCAUUUAAGCCCGACGGAACCCAGCUGAUUUUGGCUGCAGGAAACAGAUUACUGGUUUACGACACGUCUGAUGGCACCUUACUUCAGCCCCUAAAGGGACACAAAGAUACUGUGUACUGUGUGGCAUACGCGAAGGAUGGCAAGCGCUUUGCUUCUGGAUCAGCUGACAAAAGUGUUAUUAUCUGGACGUCAAAAUUGGAAGGCAUUCUGAAGUACACGCACAAUGAUUCUAUCCAGUGUGUCUCCUACAACCCUGUUACCCACCAGCUGGCGUCCUGUUCCUCCAGUGACUUCGGCUUAUGGUCUCCUGAACAGAAGUCUGUCUCUAAGCACAAAUCUAGCAGCAAGAUCACCUGCUGCAGCUGGACAAAUGACGGUCAGUACCUGGCUCUGGGGAUGUUCAACGGGGUUAUCAGCAUACGGAACAAAAACGGCGAGGAGAAGGUGAAGAUUGAGCGGCCGGGGGGCUCCCUCUCCCCUGUAUGGUCCAUCUGCUGGAACCCUUCAAGAGAGGAACAUAAUGACAUCCUGGCUGUAGCUGACUGGGGACAGAAACUUUCCUUCUACCAGCUGAGUGGAAAACAGAUUGGGAAGGAUCGGUCACUGAACUUUGAUCCCUGCUGCAUCAGCUACUUUACUAAAGGGGAGUACAUUUUGCUGGGGGGGUCAGACAAGCAAGUAUCCCUUUUCACCAAGGAUGGAGUGCGCCUCGGGACUGUUGGGGAGCAGAACUCCUGGGUGUGGACGUGUAAAGUGAAACCCGAUUCCAACUAUGUGGUGGUAGGCUGCCAGGAUGGCACCAUUUCCUUCUACCAGCUCAUUUUCAGCACAGUCCACGGACUCUACAAGGACCGAUAUGCCUACAGGGAUAGCAUGACUGAUGUCAUCGUGCAGCACCUGAUCACCGAGCAGAAAGUUCGGAUUAAAUGCAAAGAGCUUGUCAAGAAAAUUGCCAUCUACAAAAAUCGAUUAGCUAUCCAACUGCCCGAGAAAAUACUCAUCUACGAGUUGUAUUCAGAUGACUCGUUGGACAUGCGGUACCGGGUGAAGGAGAAGAUUGUUAGGAAGUUUGAAUGUAACCUCCUGGUGGUGUGUGCUGACCACAUCAUCCUCUGCCAGGAGAAGCGGCUGCAGUGCCUGUCCUUCAGCGGAGUGAAGGAGCGGGAGUGGCAGAUGGAGUCUCUCAUUCGCUACAUCAAGGUGAUCGGCGGCCCCCCAGGACGGGAGGGUCUGUUAGUCGGCCUGAAGAACGGACAGAUCCUGAAGAUCUUUGUGGACAGUCUCUUUGCCAUCGUACUGCUAAAGCAGGCCACAGCCGUGCGCUGCCUGGACAUGAGCGCCUCCCGCAACAAGUUGGCCGUGGUGGAUGAAAACGACACGUGCCUGGUGUAUGACAUCCACACCAAGGAGCUGCUGUUUCAGGAGCCGAACGCCAACAGUGUGGCCUGGAACACCCAGUGUGAGGACAUGCUCUGCUUCUCUGGAGGCGGCUACCUCAACAUCAAGGCCAGCACCUUCCCCGUGCACCAGCAGAAGCUGCAGGGCUUCGUGGUCGGCUACAACGGCUCCAGGAUCUUCUGCCUCCACGCCUUUUCUAUGUCGGCCGUGGAGGUGCCACAGUCUGCUCCGAUGUACCAGUACCUGGAUAGGAAGAUGUUCCGAGAAGCCUACCAGAUUGCUUGCUUGGGCGUGACAGACACUGACUGGCGCGAGCUGGCCAUGGAAGCUUUAGAAGGAUUGGAGUUUGAAACAGCAAAGAAGGCCUUCACCAGAGUACAAGACCUCCGGUAUUUAGAGCUCAUCAACAGCAUUGAGGAGAGGAAGAAGCGGGGAGAGACCAACAAUGACCUGUUUCUGGCAGAUGUGUUUUCCUACCAGGGGAAGUUCCACGAGGCCGCCAAACUGUACAAGAGGAGCGGGCACGAGAACCUCGCGCUCGACAUGUACACAGACCUCCGCAUGUUCGAGUACGCCAAGGAUUUCCUUGGAUCUGGAGACCCCAAAGAAACAAAGAUGCUAAUCACCAAACAGGCCGACUGGGCCCGAAAUAUCAACGAGCCCAAAGCCGCCGUGGAGAUGUACAUCUCGGCGGGCGAGCACGGCAAGGCCAUAGCGAUCAGCGGCGACCACGGCUGGGUUGACACGCUCAUCGACAUUGCCCGUAAGCUGGACAAGGCCGAGCGGGAGCCCCUGCUGAUGUGCGCCCACUACUUCAAGAAGCUGGAUAACCCCGGCUAUGCUGCCGAGACCUACCUGAAGAUUGGUGACCUGAAGUCCUUGGUUCAGCUGCACGUGGAGACCCAGCGCUGGGAUGAGGCCUUCGCCUUGGGUGAGAAGCAUCCCGAGUUUAAGGAUGACAUCUACGUGCCCUACGCUCAGUGGCUAGCAGAGAGCGAUCGUUUUGAGGAAGCCCAGAAAGCGUUCCACAAGGCCGGGCGGCAGGGGGAAGCAGUCAGGGUGCUGGAGCAGCUCACACACAAUGCCGUGGUCGAGAGCAGAUUUAAUGACGCUGCCUAUUAUUACUGGAUGCUGUCCAUGCAGUGCCUCGAUAUAGCUCAAGACCCUGCCCAGAAGGACGUGAUGCUCGGCAAGUUCCACCACUUCCAGCACUUGGCUGAGCUGUACCACGGCUACCACGCCAUUCAGCGGUACACGGAGGAGCCGUUCAGUUUCCACCUUCCCGAAACGCUCUUCAACAUCUCCAGGUUCCUGCUGCACAGCCUGACCAAGGACACUCCCCUGGGCAUCUCUAAAGUGAACACGCUCUUCACUCUAGCCAAACAGAGCAAAGCACUGGGUGCCUACAAGCUGGCCCGGCACGCCUACGACAAGCUGCAGGGCCUGCAGACCCCCGCCAGGUUCCAGAAGUCCAUCGAGCUGGGCAGCCUGACCAUCCGCUCCAAGCCCUUCCAUGACAGCGAGGAGCUGGUGCCCUUGUGCUACCGCUGCUCCACCAACAACCCGCUGCUAAACAACCUGGGCAACGUUUGCAUCAAUUGUCGCCAGCCCUUUGUCUUCUCAGCCUCUUCCUACGAGGUGCUGCACCUGGUUGAAUUCUACCUGGAGGAGGGGAUCACUGACGAAGAAGCCGUCUCCCUAAUUGACCUGGAGGCGCCAAGACACAAGCGUGAGAAUAAAUGGCAAGAGAUCGCGAGCAACACUUCCCAGACUCUGAGGCUGGACGAGACCCUGGAUUCCCUGGGAGACGACGACCCCUUCACAGCCAAGCUGAGCUUCGAGCAAGGUGGCUUGGAGUUUGUGCCCGUGGUGGUGAACCGCUCGGUGCUGCGCUCCAUGAGCCGGCGGGACGUGCUCGUCAAGCGCUGGCCCCCGCCCCUGCGGUGGCAGUACUUCCGCUCCCUCCUGCCCGACGCCUCCAUCACCAUGUGCCCCUCCUGCUUCCAGAUGUUCCACUCAGAGGACUACGAGCUGCUGGUGCUUCAGCACACCUGCUGCCCCUACUGCCGGAGGCGCAUCGACGACCCCAGCCCCUGACCGGCACCCUCGGGACCACCUGCCCCCUCCCGGCCGCCUUGCAGGCAGCUGGGCUAUCGAAGGAAGAGUUAAACUGUCAGAAUGUGUCUUCUGCCCAGAUCAAGUUUGUACUCUAGGGAGGGGACUUGUGUAUCCACGGAAUUCCUAUUUAUGGCAUUUCAUGCCUUGUAAAUAGUGCCAGGAGAGGGAGAAGAGAAUGUACAUAUAUUUUCUAAGAAAAAAAAAUCUGUUACUUUCAGAACGGCUCUGAGUUGUUCACGGCAGCCUGCUGGAGUCCACAGAUCUGUCAGACCAUUAACAUGUACACUUUGCGAACAGAUUGCCUCAAUAAUUACAAAUAAAAGGGCUACUUAUUUUCAUCA